AUGAAGGUACUGAGUGGCCGAUUCCCUAUGAGCAGGAAUAUCACAAUGGAGGGGGACAUCUCGUUCAACUCGGUGGCGCACAAGGACAUCGUGGAUCGACUGCCGCAGUUCGUGUCGUACGUGAACCAGCGAGACAAGCACUUCCCCACGUUGACAGUCAAGGAAACUCUCGAGUUCGCCCAUACUUUUUGUGGCGGGAAGUUGCUGGAACAAGGCAAGGGGAUGCUCGAGAUGGGGCACCGUACCACCGACGCCGAAGCGCUUGAAGCCACCAAGAACAUCUUCGCACACUACCCGGAGAUUGUGAUCCAGCAGCUGGGUCUGCAAAUCUGCCAAGACACUGUGGUCGGUGACAACAUGUUGCGUGGUGUGUCGGGCGGUGAACGCAAGCGUGUGACGACUGGCGAGAUGGAGUUCGGUAUGAAGUACAUAUCGCUCAUGGACGAGAUCAGUACGGGUCUCGACAGUGCAGCCACGUACGACAUCAUCAACACUCAACGCAGUGUAGCUCAUAGACUGCGCAAGACCGUCGUGAUCGCCCUACUGCAACCGUCCCCGGAGGUUUUCUCCUUGUUCGAUGAUGUAAUGAUUCUUAAUGAGGGGGAACUCAUGUACCACGGACCAUGCAGCGAAGUGGAGGCCUACUUCGAGACUCUGGGCUUUAAAUGCCCUCCAGAACGUGAUAUCGCCGACUAUCUGUUAGAUCUGGGUACCAAGCAGCAGUAUCCUUACCAAGUCCCCACUCACCCUACGAAGCAGCCUCGAAGUCCCAGUGAGUUUGCUGACAGCUUCAGUCAAUCUCGGAUCUACCGCAACACACUGGCGGCUCUGGAAGCUCCGUACGACCAGAAAUUGGUCGAGAGUGUGAAGGACAUCAUCGACCCCAUGCCCAUGUUCCACCAGUCGGUAUUCGCCAGUGUUUUAGCUCUACAAUGGCGAGCUCUAUUGAUCACGUACCGUAACAAGGCGUUUGUUAUGGGACGUUUAAUGAUGGUGUUAAUUAUGGGACUACUGUACUGCUCCAUCUUCUACGACUUCGACCCGACCCAGAUCGCUGUGGUCAUGGGCGUCAUCUUCGCUACCGUCAUGUUCCUGUCCAUGGGUCAAGGUUCCAUGAUCCCAGUGUACAUCGCUGGCCGCGAUAUCUUCUACAAACACCGUCGUGCCAACUUCUUCCGAACUGGUUCGUACGUCCUCGCAACGACCGUGAGUCAGAUCCCAUUGGCGUUGGUGGAGACCAUCAUCUUCGGCUCGAUCGUGUACUGGAUCUGUGGCUUCGUAUCGGAUGUCAAACUGUUUAUCAUCUUCGAACUGGUGCUCUUCCUGUCAAAUUUGGCUAUGGGAAUGUGGUUCUUCUUCCUGGCUGGAGCGUUACCCGAUGCCAACGUUGUGAUGCCUGUGGGUAUGUCGUCUAUCCUGGUGUUCGUCAUCUUUGCUGGUUUCAUCGUGACCAAGGCUCAGAUCCCGGACUACCUCAUCUGGGCGCACUGGAUUAGCCCCAUUGCUUGGGCUCUUAAAGCUUUGGCUAUCAACCAGUACCGCUCCGACGACUUUGACGUCUGUGUGUACGCUGAUGUGGACUACUGCUCGAAAUACAACGGUAUGACGAUGGGCGAGUACUAUUUGGACCUUUUCGGCAUGGAAACCGAGAAGAAAUGGAUCGCGUACGCCUUCAUCUACCUCAUUGCCGUGUACGUGUUCUUCAUGUUCCUGUCGUACUUAGCGAUGGAGUUCAUCCGCUACGAGACGCCAGACAACGUCGAUGUGUCGGUCAAAUCAAUUGAAGAUGAAAACUCCUACGUUCUCACUGAGACUCCGAAGGCCAAGGGUGCAAACGCGAUUAUUGAUCUUCCCGUUGCAGCUCGAGAGAAGAAUUUCGUGCCGGUGACUGUGGCGUUCCAGGAUUUGCACUACUUUGUGCCCAACCCGAAGAACCCGAAGGAGCAACUGGAGUUGCUUAAGGGCAUCGAUGGAUUCGCUAUUCCUGGCUCCAUUACGGCGUUGAUGGGCUCUACCGGAGCUGGUAAAACUACACUUAUGGACGUGAUUGCUGGCCGUAAAACUGGAGGAAAAAUCACCGGCAAGAUCAUGUUGAACGGCUAUGAGGCGUCGGAUCUUGCUAUUCGUCGCUGCACUGGGUACUGCGAACAAAUGGACGUGCACUCUGAAGCGGCUACGAUCCGAGAAGCGCUGACCUUCAGCUCGUUCCUGCGCCAAGACGCUUCAGUCUCGGACGCUAAGAAAUACGACUCAGUGAACGAAUGCCAGUGA